AUGGCUAAUCCUAACAAAGCUGCUCCAUCUCAAAGUUCGCAAUUGGAUGCAAAAAAUCGAGUCGUUGGAGGAUCAGUAGCGGCUGAGGGAAGCAUUCCUUAUAUGGUGGCCUUGAGAACUGGCAUCUUUAUCAGAUUUCUCAUAUGUGGAGGAUCAAUUAUCACCACAAGGCAUGUGCUGACAGCUGCUCACUGUAUCGACUCUGUUUAUAGAAGAGGUAGUCUUUCCAUUUCCUUGCGAGUCGCUGUUGGUACAAAUCGAUGGAAUAUUGGCGGUAGGUCUUAUAGCGUGGUCAGAAACAUUACCCACGAGAAUUGGGACUCGUUUACUGUCAAGAACGAUAUCGGCAUCUUGGUCACAGGCGAUAUUAUGCCUUUAACUGACAGGAUACAGCCGGUGUCCUUGAACUUCGAUUACAUUAUUGGUGAUAUCGCUUCACGGGUAGCUGGAUGGGGUAGAACGGUAGUAGGUGGUCCUUUGUCUAAUCGUUUGUUGGUGCUGUUCGUUACGACCGUCAACGGAGACGAGUGCUCGAAGGCUCUCAACUACAAUAUAAGUGUCGCUGAACAAUUUGCCAAAUACGAUCCGGAAUUAGAGCUGUGUGCUUUCAGUACUCGCGGAGAAGGAGUGUGUAAUGGAGACUCCGGCAGUGCUCUUGUUCGAAAAAACAACAACGAGCAAAUCGGAAUUGUGUCUUGGGGAUACAUGUGUGCACGAGGAGUUCCCGAUGUAUAUGUGAGGCUUAGCGCAUACAAAGGCUGGAUUGAAAACGCAUUAUCAGAACGGUCUUAAACCAUAUUAAAGGGGGUCCAAAAAAGUCGGACGCCGUGUGUUGCGGGUGCCUGAUCGAUGAUGUUCACCUUCAACCAUUGGCCUCCCAAAUGCCUCUUAACAAACUUUUUUAGAUCGCCCGAAGACUGAUUGCACCCGGGUGGUUGUCGUGCUUUAGACUAGGCUGCGUAUUAUCUCGAUAAAUUUAUAUACAACUCCCGAAUGUCACAU